CUCCGCUGCUCCUUCCUGGUUCUCCGCGGAGCUGAGCGCAGCACAGCGCAGCCCGGCGCGCGCCGCCCACUCGCCCCGGCUGGGCGCACAGGGACCGCGGGGACCACGAGCUCCGGCCAGGACGACCUGGAGGACAUGGAGGAGAGGCCUGCAGAGUCCAAUGCCGGCGUGGACAGCUCGGCACCCCCGUCGGUGGCCCAGCUGGCCGGGCAGUUCCGGGAGCAGGCAGCUGUGGCCAAGGAGACACCAGCCAUUAAACCAAGCAGAAGGAAACCACCCUGCUCCCUCCCCCUCUUCCCCCCCAAGGUAGAACCUGGCCAGAAUGGUGAGGAGAAAGCAUCUUCCAAUGCCAGCCACGCUCCUAAAGUCAAGGUGAAGAGCUCGCCCCUGAUUGAGAAGCUCCAGGCCAAUCUUACCUUUGAUCCAGCGGCCCUUCUGCCCGGAGCCUCACCCAAGAGUCCUGGCCUCAAGGCCCUGGUGUCGCCAUUUCACAGCCCUCCAUCCACUCCCAGCAGCCCUGGCGUGAGGCCACGGCCCAGCGAGGCAGAGGAGGUGCCUGUCAGCUUCGACCAGCCCCCAGAAGGGAGUCACCUGCCCUGCUACAACAAGGUACGGACAAGGGGCUCUAUCAAAAGGCGCCCCCCCUCCAGGAGGUUCCGAAGGUCACAGUCAGACUGUGGGGACCUUAGAGAUUUUGGGGCCUCUGACUCAUCUCAGGAGAAUGGUGCCAGGGAAAAUGGGGAUGAGGUAUUCCCACCCAAGAGUGACACCUUGGGCUCCCCACCACUCCGUGGGGGUGUGCUGGGAAGCCAGGUGCUGGUGGGCAAGCCCCCUCUGAGGAGGACAUCGAGCAGCGUGGAGAAGCAGGAGGACAGGGCCGGAUGGAGCUCGGAGGAGGCCAGUGGGAGCCCGGCGCAGGAGGGGACUCUGGAGCUAUCCCAGACCUCCUGCCCAGAGGAGGCCGAGAGUGAGCAUGUGCACCCCACGGAGGACAAGGCUGCUGGAGAGGAAGCAGAGCUGCGGAAGUCUGCAGAGGCAAAGCCAGGCGAUAAGGAGGGCAGCCCUGGCCAGAAGAGCCAAGAUGCGAAGGCCAAGGAGGAGAUCCAGGGGGAGGAGACCCCCCAGCCCCCUUCCGGAGCACAGGAAGGUGGCAGCACCCCCAUGAGUGAGGAAGACAACAAAAAGCAAGUGCCUGGAGCGGCUCAAGGCUGCAGCCCCAGGACCAGCAAUGACCUCCAGAGUGAGCCGGCUGUCCCCAUGGAUGAGCCCCUGGUCCAGGAUACUAAAAUGUGAUGAGGCUCUCAUGGUGCCCCAGUGACGAAGCUGCUGGAGACGUCUUCUUGGAAGUGGCAGUGACUACAGGAGCAGAAGCAGAGUAUUCGCCUGGAGAAUGGGGUAUCCAAAUGAACAUCCCUCACAGGCGGAGGUUGGAUAUUUAAAGCAGUGAACAAUGAUGACAGCUCACCCAGGACACGGACCAGCCUGGGGAUCCUGAACCUUCCUGGGCAGCUGGCCUCCUCAUUUGGCUCCAGUGAUGCUAAUGAGGUGUCACCUGUGUAAAGUUACAGCCUUUCUACUGUUCUGAAAUGUUUAUGGUUCUCAAAUAUCAGUAAAAAUUAUUUCUAAAUGAACAGAAGCUCAAGAAAGUAGUUUUAUUGAAAAAUUUGAACAAAAGACCUUAAAUCAUAUCAAGACCUCAGAGAUAACCUGUUACCUUGCUCCAAAUAAGAAUUGCACAACUGAUCUUGAAAACAUUGGGCCAGAAGAGAUAAUUGAACUUAAAUAUAUAAGCCAGAGAUGGUGGUACAUGCCUGUAAUCCCAGAACUCUGGGAGGCUGAGCCAGGAGGGUUGCAAGUUCAACCUCAGCCUGGGAGGAACUUGGAGAGACUUUGGAGAGAUAAUAAAAAGGGAUGAGGGCAUAGCUCAGUGCAAGGCCCUGAGUUCAAUUCCCAGUACCACAGGGUGUGUCAGUUCUACCAACUGAGGCCUUUCUGUCCCAUAGUUUGCUAGUUCCCAACCUUCUGUCACUCUUGAGGGUGCCCGUGGGACCCCUGCAGAGAGGCAGGGUUUCAGGAGGUCACUGCUCCAUGCUGUGCCUCAGUGUCCUUAGGACAGCAGUGGUACCCACAGGAUGGGUGCUGUCACCUACAUGCAAGGAUGAGUUUCACGCUCACAGAGCAGCCCUGAGCCUGUUCAUGCUUCCCAGGAACAGCAGCAGGUGUGCAAGCAGCCUCAGAAAACACCUUCCCUCACUUCCUGGGAAGCUUGUCCUAAACUAAACCAGGUUUUCAUCCCAGCUCAGGAAGAAUGAGAUAGAGCCUCUUCUCUCCUAGGCAGCUCCUGCCUGCACCUUCUGCCCAGAGGAGUAGGAGGCUCUGCAGAAGAGAAGGGGUGAUGUCUCGGCCUCCUCACACACUCCUGUGCAAAGAGCAAGCUCGGUCCUUACUCUGCUACGAGCGUUUCCGAGUGUUCACUCGCCAGCUAGAUCAUGUGGAGCAAUAGCUUUCUGGGGGUCCCUUAGGACAGGCCCUGCCUGCUUCUCAGAACUGUCUCUGGCCCAAAAAAAGCAUUCGUCACCAGUGGUACCUCAGUUUCCUCAUCCAAUUUACAGUUUUUCUCAUUUCAGGAUAGUGUUAAUAUUUAGGUAUAU